UUUACCCCAAUAUCACGUGAGUACGAACUAAUUCCCACAGAACGCACGCGUCCAAGCGCACGGAAAGUUGGAAAAGCUACGCGUUUUUCGUGUCCUGUAGGGGAAAAAAACGUCUCUGAUCUCCUUCAGUGCAAGCAUAGACCGUCACAGCACAUCUAGGAAUAUCUGCCAAUUACGAGGAUUGCCACCGAUUACCGACACAGGCCCCAUUUAUACAGCAAUAAAAUUUCAGCUGAAGCAGCCCGAAACGUUGCACCUACCCACUUUCAAUCACCGAGUGCCAUCAAGUGCCGCCAACCACCCACCUUAGGCCGCACUUUCACAUCUGGCCACCAGUGAACGCAAUCCUGAUUCAAUUCUCACACAAUGGACCUAUCUCCUGUCGAACCAACACAGCCCACACAGACACAGCCUACGCAGUUACAGGGUCUUGAGGCCCCGGAACUCGCAGAUCCCAGCGUGGUGGCGCGGUUUCUCUGCACCACGGGCCAGCUGAAAUUUCUCGACUUGCAGCUCCCGAGUCCGGCCAGGGAAACGGCAGAGUGGACGUUUGGGCGCAACGCGGGGUCUGACUUCCCGCUUCCGAAGGGGUCGUCGCGGCUUUCGAACCACCACUUCAAGGCGUGGUACUCGCUCACAGACCGCAAUUUGAUGCUCCAAGACGUGUCAACCAACGGCACCUACAUAAACAACACACGGAUGGUCAAAGGAACAAACUACAUUGUCAACCAAGGCGAUGAGAUCGCGGUCGGGGUGGGGGUUCCAGAGGACGUGCUCCGCUUUAUCGUGGUGUUCAACCCAAAUCCGGUGGAACCACCUAAAACCCGGACUGCAGACGAGGGAAUCCACAGACACUACAUCAUCCGCAAGGAAAUCGUGGGCCAGGGCGCGUUUGCGACAGUGAAAAAGGCGAUCGAGCGCGCAACGGGGAAGACGUAUGCGGUGAAAAUUAUUAAUAAGCGCAAGGUGCUCACGACAGGCGGAACCGCAAUCGUGGCGCGCGAGUUGGCAAUCUUGGAGAAGUUGGACCAUCCGGGGAUUGUCAGGCUCCAGGCAUCGUACGAAGACGCGGACAACUACUACCUCGUGAUCGAGUUUGUGCCUGGAGGCGAUUUGAUGGAUUUUGUGGCGGCGCACGGUGCGGUAGGCGAAGAGGCCGCGCGCGAGAUCGCACGCCAGAUUCUUCAUGCGAUCGAGUAUGUCCAUGCAUUGGGCAUCUCGCAUCGUGACUUGAAGCCGGACAAUAUUUUGAUCAUGCUGGACGACCCGGUGCAGGUGAAGAUCACGGAUUUUGGCUUGGCAAAGGUGUCCGACCAGAACUCAUUCAUGAAAACGUUCUGUGGUACGCUCGCGUACGUGGCGCCGGAGAUUGUGCUGGGAAAAAAGCCGGCCAGACGGAAGGGGAUCCAGCCGCAGGCGCAGCGGCAACACUACUCGUCGUUGGUGGACAUGUGGUCGCUUGGAUGCUUGGUGUUUGUGAUUCUCACGGCACACUUGCCCUUCAGCGGGCUGACCCAGGACGACUUGUUCAAGCAGAUCAAGAGCGGGGUGUACCACCAGUCGUUGCUCACGGAGCACGGGGUUUCUGGCCCGGGCCGUGGCUUCUUAGAGAGCUUGUUGAAGGUGGAUCCGAUGGAGCGGAUCACAGCCACUCAGGCAUUGCAACACCCGUGGAUCGUAAACGAGAAUGAUUCGGUGGUGAGCUUGUCGCAGUCGCAGUCACAACACAAGCAGUCGCAGCGGGGGGAAUUUAGCAAGCCGUUGGUGUUUGCGGAUGGGGAGAAUGUGUUCAAGAUGCCGAAGAAGAUACCGAAGGAAAAUGCGGUGGAAAAGAAUCAGGCUCCGAAGGAACUGGAUGUGGCAAAGAAUGAGGUAGGGGGUGAGAUGGUGGAGGGUGAAGCGAAGGAAGUUUCCCCAAGCGAGGAAAUUCUAGGGACAGACCGAAGUGAAGCGGUAUCGAUAAAAUCGAACGACGGGGGCCCAUUUCCGUUGGAGACAGAUUUCGCAUCUAUCCCCCCACAAGCGGAGUCCACGCCAAAGGCCGAACACGGCUCGCCCAACCGUUCCCCAAUUCGGUCCCCCCUCAGAUCCGAGAGAUUCACGUCGAAGAUUGGCCCGGAAGAAGACUUACCGCGACUUUCGGCUGUUCCCGGAUUAGAACCACCCUCUUUUCACUCCCUUUCGAUGGCGACUUCCUCUCGCCGUUAUUCCAGAAACGGGGUGCCCGGGGACGCUCCGCAUUCCACUCCGCCCGGGACCUACCUUACGCUCCAGCCCUUAUCCGAGUCGAUUCCACACCAGCCCAUCCAUAUCCUCCAGGGAAUGAAUCCGUUUGUGGUGGGUCGAAGCGACAAGUGCAAUGUCACCAUCACCGAUGAUCGUAUGUCAAAGAUCCAUUGUGGAAUAACCAAGAAGCGCCACCCCACGGGAACCAACACCAACAUCUUCGAGUCGCCCGCAAUGGGCCUUGAUGACGUCUGGUUGAUCGACAACUCCACCAACUCGUGCUUUAUCAACCAGCUGCGCAUCGGUAAGGGAAAGAAGGCCAAGAUCUUUGAUGGUGACAUGAUCUACUUGUUCAACGACAAGCAAAAGCACCAGAUGCUCGGGUUCCGGGUGUGUAUCAAUGAUGGUACCGGGUUAUUCAAUGGCGGUGAGCGUCUGGACGUCGAGACGGAGGACCACAUGUUCGAUGCAUCCCAGCUCCCGGUCCCUGUGCCAGUAAAGCUCGAGGAACCGCCAAAGCAUGUUGUGCCACAGGAUCCGUCGGAUAAAAAGGUUUUGCCUGUGCUUAGGUUCCCUCCUGAAACCGCCAUGGUCCCGACUGCCCCAACAUCUGAGAACGGAGAGAAGCGGCGGGCACCCGAGGUGGAGACCAGGGUUGUGAAACGCGCGGAUUUGAAGAGCGAUCUCGAGAAGCCCGCAGAUGCGUGGAUACAUUGAUGACCAAGAUGAAGCGUCGAGACUUAGAUGUUAUAUUCUUGCUUUGUUCACUCUAUAGUCUGAAUACAUCUUGGUACAUAGGUAUAAUUAUGAUUUACAAUUAACAUUGUAAAGAUCUUUUCCAGUCGGCACAGUCCUAGAGCGUCAAACGGUAACCCUCCUGUUCGGGAAAUGAUUCAAUUAUACGCCAGGGGAAAACGUCACUUAAUGAGAUUGUGAAUGUGGUUCAGAUGCCAAUUCUCCAAUGUUUCUUUCCUAACAUAUCGGAUACCCUUUUCAUGGUUUCGUGUACGACCGUUUACACCGCCCUGGUUGCACCCAUAUGGCUCUCGACGCUAGUUCCAUGUAUGGAUCACUAAAAUAUAGUCCCGGUUUAGUUUUAAUUAUCGCAGCCUCAAUACCACAUAUAUUCCUUUAAGCUCG